CUUCUCGAUGCCGCGAAUCCGUCCCUCCUCAUCCUCCUCACCGUAGAUGCCGUCGCCAAGAUGCUCUACGAACUCAUCGCCAUCGUCCGGCCGGGCAACCUCGCCGAGGUGAAGGAGAUCGCCACCACCGUCGGCUCCCUCGUCCUCAAAAACGGCGGCGUCGUUCGCGGCCUCUCCAAUUGGGGCGUCUUCUCCCUCCCGAAGCCCGUCUCUGUCCAUCAGAUGAAGCACACCCAUGGCCACUACUUCGUCAUGCGCUACGAUGCUUCCACAAAGGUCCACGGCGACGUCCGAAACACCCUGCGUCUCGAGCCGCGUAUGAUUCGCGCCGCUCAUGUCAAGCUCGGCGACGGAAAGCUCGAGACGCUGUCUCGAUUCGGUGCGCCCAAGUGGAGGACCCAAGGCAGCGAGGCUUGAGAACUUAGCCGAGGGCAUGGGCAUCACGAAACGAACGACGUAACUCGAGACCUUCAGGUCUCUUUUGGGAUCUCAACAUGUAUGAAUACGGAAACCAAGGGCAGAAUUCCGGUGGAAACGUGCCCCGGUGCAAAUAGCAUGGCGUCAUUUGCGGUUAUCUUGUACAAAAGUACUCGCUGCCGGAUGGAAAGAAGCAGCAGGUUGAAUGAAUUCAGUUUUCGAUUCGACAGCCAAA